GAAUUCGAAAACAGUAUUAUUCAAUUUACUUUUCGUUUUAACUCAAUCUAAUUCAAUCUAUGUCCGACAUCGAAGAGGAUCUCGCCGAGAGGCGACUAAAAAUUGUUCUUCUCGGUGAUUCUGGCUCUGGAAAAACGAGCAUUGCUUUAAAAUUUUGCACCAACGAAUUUACGAGACAAUACUCACCAACGGCCGGCAUUGAUUUCUUUUUAAAAAGUAUCACUGUUGGUUCUUACAAAAAUGUUAACCUACAUCUUUGGGACGUCGGCGGACUGGCCCUUCAUGGUAACAUGUUGGACAAAUACGUGUUUGCAGCUAACAUCGUUCUUUUGGUAUACGAUAUCACGAAUACAUCGAGUUUUGAAAUUCUCGAUGAAUGGGCCAAUAAGAUUCGUGGAAUGAACGACAGUAUUGAAGAACCGCCAUUAAUGGCAUUGGUUGGUAAUAAAUGUGAUAUGGAACAUCAAAGAACUGUUAAAAAAGAUAAAUCUCAUCGUUACGCAGCAGAAAAUGGAUUUCCAUAUUACGAUAUGUCUGCAAGAACCGGCGAAUCGCUUUCCUUAUGUAUCGUAAGCUUGGCCGCACAAGUUUUAGGCGUACGAUUAUCAAAAAAUGAUCAAGAUUUUCAUAAGCCGAUUAUUAUUGCUGAAAUUGGAGAUACUGUGGAUAUGAACACGAUUCAUAAGGUUGUAAAAAGAUUUCCUAAUAAGAGACACCAUCCGAUUUCCUUUCAUUCACAUUUUCCUUCUUCAAAAUCAACUGUGUGCACUUUACAAUGAUUAUUAAUGAAUAUAUAUAUAUAUAUAUAUAUAUAUAUAUAU